CCGUGCUCAUGGAACUCCUCCCGUGUCUGCGAAUGCAAACCUGGCAUGUACUGUGGCACGUCAGCCACCAACUCCUGUGCCCGCUGCUUCCGCCACUCGGUCUGCCCGACAGGGAUGGUUGUCAAGUUCCCAGGCACAGCGGAGGAGAACACUGUCUGUGAGCUGCCUUCCCCAGGGACCAGCCCUGCCUGCUCCAGCCCAGAGGACUGCAAGGAGCCCACCAGCACCAUCCGGCAGGCCGAGCCCACCCCGAUGUCCCCGGCAACCUCCAAUGCCAGGACCACACUUCUUAGAGGGGGCACCUCCGUUGCCCCAGAAGAGGCUUCUAAACUGACAAGGGCUCCCAACUCUCCCUCCUCCGCGGGGAAGCCUAGCUCAGAUCCAGGGCCGUCCCUGACGCAGCCGUGCCCACAGGGGUCUGCCGACUGCAGGAAGCUGUGCGAGCCCGACUACUACCUGGACGGGGCCGGCCGCUGCACGGCCUGCGUGAGCUGCGCGCGAGAUGACCUUGUGGAGAAGACGCCGUGCUCAUGGAACUCCUCUCGCGUCUGCGAGUGUCGACCCGGCAUGUUCUGUGCCACAUCAGCCACCAACUCCUGUGCCCGCUGUGUCGCCCGCCCUGCCUGCCCACCGGGGAUGGUCGUCAAGCCCCAGGGUAUGGCCGUGAGGGACACCACCUUGGAGCCGCCUCCACCAGGGACCCACCCUGAUUGCAGCAUCACCCCAGAGAACAGCGAGGCGCCUGCCAGCUCCCCUGCCACCAUGAGCUCCCUGGUGGACUCCCAGACCAGCAAGACGCUGCCCAUCCCGACGAGCGCCCCCGGCUCCCUCUCCUCCACAGGGAAGCCCAUUCUGGACCCAGGACCAGUACUCUGGGUGACCGUGGUGCUGGCGGCGGUGGUUGGCUCUAGCAUCUUCCUCCUGUGCCGCUGGAGGGCCUGCAGGAAGCGGAUUCAGCAGAAGCUCCACCUGUGCUACCCAGACCAGACCUUCCGGCCCAAGCUGGAGUCUGUGGAUUCCAGACCCAGGAGGAGCCCAACGCAGCCGAGGAGGGACGCGUUGGUGGCAGAGCUGGGGUUGACGAGCCCCCCGCCCGUGGACACCUGCCCCGGUGUGGGGACAGCCUGCCUGGACAGCCUGCCACUGCUGGAUGCCAGCCCGCCCGGGGGCUCCUCGUCCCCCAGGGACCUUCCUGAACCCCGGGUGGCCACGGAGCACACCAAUAACAGGAUUGAGAAAAUCUACAUCAUGAAGGCUGACACAGUGAUUGUGGGGACCGUGAAGGCCGAGCUGCCUGAGGGCCAGGCCCUGGCAGGGCCGGCAGGGCCUGAGCUUGAGGAAGAACUGGAAGCGGACCAUGUUCCCCACUACCCCGAGCAGGAGACAGAACCGCCUCUGGGCAGCUGCGGGGACAUCAUGUUCUCAGUGGAGGAGGAGGGGAAGGAGGACCCCUUACCCAUAACUGCCUCUGGGAAGUGAGGCCUGGCCUGGGCUGGGACUGGGAGGCAGUGAGGUGCCUUUUGCAAGGCCAGGGUGGCACUGGUGGCACCGAGCUUGAGGGCAGAGGCCUGCCUGAACUGAGGUUCCAGCAUCUCAGUGCCGGGGUUCUGGUGGCCUCUGCCUGCCUCGCCCACUUAGCUGCCCCCUGACCCAGACCUCAGGCAUCCAGGGCUUGUACAGAAGAGACACUCCAAGGGGACUGCAUCCAAGUGGUGAUGUUGGUUGGGGCAGCAGACAGACGGCAGGGACUGGGCCCUGCUAAGAACAGCACUGGCCACCAGGCCCAGAUCCCAUUGAGGGAGAGGCUGCCAGGCUGGCUCCAGGCCCCCGACUGUACCCCUACUCCCCUCUAUCCCUGAGCCCCACAGGUGAUGCCCACAGGGCCUUGUUGGCAUGCCACCAGCCCCUAGUUACUGUAACUGUGGCCCCCAGUGGGCACGGAGCCAUCGACUAGUGGUUUCUUCUGAGUCAGAAGGGAACUGGAGGGGGCAUCACCAGCUGGCACAAUCUCAGCCGUAGCUGCCACAUGGCACUCUGAGCAGGGUGAGGCCCAGCCUGGCCCAACCCCGGCCUGGGCUGAGCAGGACCCUCCUGGCGCUGCCCCCCUUCCCUGUUCCAUAGCCCCCACAGGGCCCAGGACCAAUUCACUAGUCUCAGAAUGUCCCCACCAGUCCCUGAGCAGGAGGCAUCUCGGGACCCAGAUGUGUGCAGCCCCUCAGCAGCCGCAGCGCUCCUGCCCCGGCCGGGGACUCGCUCCCCACACGGAGACGGGGAACUGUGGGCCCCGCCUGGGGUCCUUGACUGCUCUGACUUGGGAGAUGAAGAAGCCCCUUCCCUGGACCUGGCACGUGCUUGCGGAUGCACCGGCACCAGCCCUGCGUCUCGGUCCUGCUGCUCUGCACCCGCGGGGGAGUGGCUGUCGAGAAGCCCUAGGUUCCCCCAGACCUCCUGCCGUAUUCUGGGCUGUAGGAGAUGAGAGAGUGUUGGGGUUCAGUGUGGAUUUCAGGAGUUUUGCAUUUCACACUAAGGAGUAAAGCUCGCUGAUAUCCAGUCUCCUGGCCCCUCCCCGGGGCCUCCAGCUGCAUAAACAAGCAAGUGGCAGAUGACACAUCCGCGCAGCCUGGAGACUCCUGGACUUACCGUCUGGAGGCAGAUGGGAACGCUGCUGUUUACUCUCCAGCCCGCCAGCUCUGGAGGAAGUUGGGGCCGGGUCAGGAAUCACGAGGGUAGUUUCUGAAACUGCGAAGGUGUUUUGGGGAAAGUUGGAGAGGCUGGGGCAUUACGAGAGGUGGUUACAGCAGAGCCUGGACAUUGGCCAGAGGAAGUUUAAGUGCGGCGGAUGCCAUUUGCCGAAACCCUUGUGCGAGGAUGGAGCGGGUGUCUCUGCGCCCCCGGCGCUGCGGCUGCGUGGUGCACUGGACGCCACACUCGCGCCGGACAGGCGGUCUGGCACCCUGGACACUGGAUAUUGACACAUUUUGACAAAAUAAUGCACUCCCUUGCCUAGUGGCCCUUUGCACAAUUUUUGACCCUCUAAAAAUCCUUAAUAUCCCAUAAAAAUGAAGAAUUGUAAGGCUGAGGGAACUAUCACCGAAAUUGAGAGUAUGUGAGAACAUCUGAGCAGGGGGUGGGGGCAGGAGCCUCUCCCCCAGGCAGGCAUCCCCUCUGCAGCCCCGGCCUGCACCCCAGACGCCGAGGCCGCCAGUCUCUGAUGGACUGGACACUUCUGGGGACAGGAGCCCGCUACCUGCUGGGGCAGCCCUCCCCGUUGCUGGAAAAGGGGAAUUUUCCCUCCAUGUCAUUGCCAUUCCUGGUCCAAGGCCUGCC